CACACACACACAAUUCUCUUAAGUUGAGUUCGUGAGUAGAAAUUGGAGAAGGAGAACAUGAAGAUCCUGGUUAUAUUUUUCCACAGCUUUCUUGAACUUUCUUUUUCAUUUCCCUUAUUUAGAGCCAAAAUAACUAAAAAUCUCUAACAUUUAACACUAGAAAAAAAAAGCUCAAGAAAGCUGUGGGAAAACAUGACAUUUCAGGGUUUUUCUUCAUUGAUUCAAGUGUCAGGUUCUUUUAAAGGCACUAAUUUUUCAUAAUUUGAAGGAAGGGGAUUGGAGUUGUGAUUUUGGGAGAAGAAGAAAAGACGCAGUCGACGAAAUCUUCGACUUCUCCGAACUCUCUAAGACCAUCUCCAAUGGUUUACCUCAUUUUUUCCUUCAAAAUGAAGUAAACUCAAAAUGAGUUUGUGAUUUGCUCCAAUGGUUCCCUUCAUUUUCUCCCUCAAAUCUUAUUAUAUUCAUUUUUCAAUUUUUUAUAUAUUGCAAAGAACACCUUUAUUUUAAAUUAUUCUCACUUAUUUUUAAAUUAUACAAUUUAACCAAACUUCAACUUGUAAAAAUCAAAUAUUUAUUACAUUAAUAAAAGUACAUAACAACAUACAAAGUAAUAGUAGACUUAAACAGUACUGUUACUAUAUUUUUCCCACAAAUGAUCAAUCAAUACAUUUCGAAGAGCAUCUCCAGGUUUGUGGUUUUGGAUAUACAUCUUCUGAAUCAGAAAAUCCUACUCCUGAUUCUGCUGCACAAGCAUCUCUAGGUUUGUCUUCAUUUUCUCUAAAUUUAGAUGACAGUGAAGAUGUUACUGGUGAGACUUCAUCUCAGAGACCAAUUGGAGUGAAAAAGUCUAAGUUAAAAAGAAAAUGUGAUGAUCAAACAUCUAUCGUCAUCAAUACUUUAGAAGAAGGAAACAAACGACUUUUGGAGCAACUAGAAAAGACAACUGCACAAAGAGAACACCACUUGGAGAUUCAAAGUCGAAAUUAUGCCUUAAAAGAACUAAAGGAGGAGAACAAAAUUUUAUUUCGAGAUUUAGCUUACAUUCAAGAUCUAAAUAUUCGUGCAUAUGUUCAAGCUGAACAAAUACGGAUUUUACCGAAAAAGGUUACACAACACCAAGAUCAAGGAACUCCUCAUGCAUCUACCACAUUCAGUCAAUAUUUUAAUGAUCUUGGUGGAUCUGGAAAUAACCUACCUGAUUAUUAAGUUAUUUUCAUCAAUAUUGUAUUAAGUUUGUCUUCUGUUUAGAGUUGUUAAAUGUUGUAUUACGUUUCUUGUGUUUUUUUUAACUUUGUAUUACUUAUGUAUCUCAAUGGUAUUGUUUUCUAUAUUUUUUAAAAAAUUAUAUAGUAUAAUUUAUAAAAUUCUAAAUUAUUAAUUAUAUUUUAAUAAUUAAUUAUUGGUAAUUCUAUUUUAAGAAGUUUAAUCAGUAUAUACAUAUUGGGUAUAAAAUUAUAAAAGUUAUGUUUAGUGUUAAUGUUUUGUUUAUGCAUAAAAUAAAGAUUGUCGUAAAAUAAAGGAUCAUUAUGUAAAUAAAAAAAGCUUGACAUCAAGAUGAGGUUGUGAAUAAUGUUCCCUCAAAUUUGAUGUAAUACUGUUCAUAUACUCAUUUUUUUCCCUCAAAAUGAUGUACUAUUAGAAAUCAUUUUUUCCCUCAAAAUGAUGUACUAUUAAAAAUGAGUUUCCCUCAUUUUUUUAUGUUUUCCCUCGUUUUGAUGCACCAUUGGAGAUGCUCUAAGGGCAUCUCCAACCCUACUUCAUUUUCAAUUCCAAACAUCAUUAUGGAGUAAAAUCUUCUCCAACCCCACUCCAUUUUAGAGUUGAAAAUGGAGUAAUGGCUAGGGUUACUCCAUUUAUGGAGUAAUCUUACUCAUUACUCCAUUUUGGAGUUGAACUUUUUUUAUUUAUAAAAUGGUCCUUUAAAUCUUUCAUGUUUUUAUUUUUUACUUAAAUAAUAUUUAAAAUGAUACAAUAACAUGAAAAUAGUAUAUUCCACAAAAGAUUAUUUAAUAAUUUUAAAUAAAUGCAUAAAAUAACAGAAAACAUAAAUAAUUAAAAUAAAAAUAAAAAUAACAUAAAAUAAGUAAUUUAAUAAUCUGGAAAAUCCGUUCCGGAUCCGCUAAGGUCGGUGAAAUAUUGCCCAAACGGAGAAGUCUGAGAAAGAGCUUGUUGAUCUUGUGAUUCAGCAUUUCGCUUUGAUAUUAUUUGUAUUUGUCAGACUUCUUUAUAUUGGUGAAAAACGAGGAUUUCCUGGAAUGCUUGGCAGUUUAGAUUGCAUGCACUGGAAGUGGAAGAAUUGUCCUACCGGUUCGGCGGGACAAUAUGCGGGUCGUAGUGGAUCACCAACUAUAAUUCUUGAAGCUGUCGCAGAUUAUGAUCUUUGGAUAUGGCAUGCAUAUUUCGGAAUGCCAGGCACUAAUAACGAUAUCAACGUGUUGGACUCUUUUUAUCUUUUUUCCAAUCUUGCUCAAGGUAUUGCUCCUCUUGCUCAUUAUUUUAUUCAAGACAAAGAAUAUUAUAUGGGUUACUAUUUAGCGGAUGGUAUUUAUCCAAAAUGGUCGACCAUAGUACAAACUAUUCAAGAGCCAAGGAGUUCUAAAAACAAAUAUUUUGCAACGCAACAAGAAGCAUGCAGGAAAGAUGUUGAACGUGUAUUUGGAGUGCUACAGUCGCGCUUUGCUAUUGUCAAAGGACCUGUUCGUUUUUGGAAAAAAAAUGUGUUACAUGACAUUAUGACUACAUGUAUAAUUUUACAUAACAUGAUAAUUGAAGAUGAGCUUGAACUUGAUGCACCAAUUGAACUUGGAAGAGAAGCUCCACCUCCAGAUAUCGAAAUUGCAGAAGAUGAAAAUGUCCGAUUUCAAAAUUUUCUUGCUCGAUUUAGGAAGAUCAGAAAUAAAGAAGCUCAUUUUUCAUUACGUAAUGCAUUAGUUGAUCAUUUGUGAGAAAAAUAUUCUAAUGCUCAUUGUUGAACCUAUAUAUAUGUUGUCUUUUUUAAUGAUUUCUUGUACUUUUUAAUAAUAAAUAUUUAAUUCAAAUAAUUUAUAUUUUAGUUAUUAUCGUAAACAUAAAAUAAUUGGGGUUAAUUGGUAAAUUCUUAUAAGUAUAAGAUUUUAUUUGCAAUUAUUAAUAAAAUAAAAAUGAAAUUAUUUAAGAAAUAUUAUUUUUGGAGUAGAAAAUAGAGUAAUACAUUAGAGUAAAACCUUACUCCAUUUUGGUGUUGCACUAUUUUGAAGUAAAAAAUGGAGUAAUACAUUGGAGAUGCUCUGAGUCCUUUCAUCGAUUCAAUUCCUGCUUUUUACUUCUUCUUCUUCUUCUGUGUUUAUGAGGCCUCAACGCUUGAGUCCCUCUCUCUUGCUCUCUCUUCUUUAACACAACUCUGAUUAUCAAUUUCUCUCGUGAUUUCUUUUUCACUAUUUUGCAAUUUGCUAUUAAAAUCUGAAUUUAUUGGGUAAGCGAAAGCCGGAAGAUGGUUUGGGAACCGAACCGUUUCUGAAGAUAGAUAAAGAAAAAUUUGAGGAGAUGGAGAUCGAAGCAAGGGUUGAGUUGUUGUCUGAUGAGGCUAAUUUUCUGUGACAGUGGAGACCGAACCUAUUCUGAAGGGAAUUAGGGAGGAGAAGGAGACAGCGAAAGGAUUUUCUGAUGAGAUCAAAGGAAGGGUAGAAUUGUUGGAGAAUGAGGCUAAUUUAAUCUCAGUGGAAGGACUUGAUGAAGGUCCUGAGGAAGCUGCCGAGACCUCUUCUUGUAUGCAAUUGAAGAAGGCAUUUACCACUUUUUUUAAUUCAAAUAAAAGUAAAAUUUUCAAGUUGCUUUGGUUUAAGUUGUAUCUUUGUUGUUUUGUUUCUGCUUAAGUAAAUUGAGUUUAAGUUUAAGUUUCUGUUUGUUUAAGUUCUGUGUUUGUUGUUCUGGUUAUGUAAUGUUUCUCUUCAGAAGUGUAUUCUGUUUCUCUUUAUGUUUCUGUUUCAAAAGCAUUGGGAGGGAGAAGAUGAAGCUUCUGUUUCGGUUUCUGUUUCAGAAGCAGAUGAGUCUUGGACGCAAAGCAAACCAGGUCUUGUAUUCACGACAAAGAGGUCAGGUCUUGUAUUCAUAUAUCAGGAUCACUCUCUCUUCAAAGAACGUCAAGAAUGGCUCGGGAAAGGUGUGUGUUUCGAUGAUCUUAACCUUGUGUCUGUUGUAGUCUUGUGUGUGUGUUGUAGUCUAGUGUCAAUAAAAACAUGUUUAAUAAAUUUUCUUUUUAAGAACUCUUACCUUAAGAAACUACCAAUGAAGGACUAAUUUUAGGUGUUUCUUAACAUAAUCUCUUAACUCAAUUUUAAUACUAAAAUAUUGCCUAAGAACCCACUUAGGGGUUAUUGCAAUGAACAUGCUUUUAGCGGAGGGCUCUCAACCUCCUAAGACUCUAGCGAGGUGAUUGGGUUCGUGAGUUUAAGGGGAUACGAAAAUUUUGAAGAAAUAUGAAGUAGAUACCAUGAUGAAAUAUGGAGUGGGUUCCAUUAACGUACGCAACGAAGUAAUCAAAGACCCUUCUCCCUAAAGGGAAGAUUUCUCACGGGAAAGUUUUCGGAGAAGGCAUUCCAUAUUGCUAAAAUCCAUGCUAUACUAAAUAAGAUAUGGUCCAUGGGGGAUAAGUCUCAUAUGGUCGAAGUAUUUGUGAUAAACUCCAAUACUAUAAAGUUCGAAUGUCAAAACACUGACGCCAGAAGCCGUAUUCUUCAUCGGGGCAUGUGGAAUUUGACAGGUAUUCCGGUCGUAAUGUCUAAAUAGACACCAUUCAUUCCAGAAGAGAACAAAUCAGAGGCUGUGAGUCACUUUAAUACGCCUACAGGAAACACUGGCAUCGACGAUUAGGAGGUAAACAACUUGAUGAAUUUUGAAUGCGACGAUACGGAUAAACAGGUUCUUAUGCGAUAUGUCUUUGAAGAGGAGAUCAUAUAUGUGUUGUUUGGCAUGGCUGAGUGAUAUAUCCCCAAUGUUUAAGGUGAGUUUGGUCUCAGGUAAAGUAAACAAUACUAGAAAUGGGUCGAACAGAGGCGUUUAUUAGAUUUCGAGAUGAUGUUACAAAGGUGGAGAAAGUAAAAGCAAGCCGGAGCUCGUGAGAGCUUAAACCGGAAAAGUACAAAUAGCAGAGAGAUGAUUGUACGGAUGAUAAACCCUAAUCUCGCCGCUAAGUUUGUGUAGCUAAGUGUCGAUGCCUUUCUCCUUUGCUUUCCUCUCCUUUUAUACUCUGUUCGAUUACCUUAACCUAACCUCUUUUUACUGAUUGGGCUUUGUCGGCCUUUCGGGCCUGAUUAUGAGAUGCUCGCUGAGCCGUUGAGUCGAUCAACCUCGCUUUGCUUGCUCUCUGCUUCGACUAUCGGCGCUCCCUGUCGAGUCGAUGUCUCGAGAAUCGGCUUCUGCGCCGAUGUCGACUCGGUUUGCUGGACUGGGCCCUUUGUUCGAUGGGCUUUGUGGAUGGGUUAAAUCCAUCCCCAACAGUAAGUCCCCCCCCCCCAGUUCAUUGAUGGUCGAGCAAUCGAUCUUUGAUGAAUUUGGUGUCUGUGGUUCGGAGAACAAAAGGUUCAAUCCGAGCAAAUGACAGGUCGUUGGGGAGUCAAUCCGUUCAAUCGAUACUCCUCGAUCGAGGGAGUGGAUUGAUGCGUCCGUUUCUCACGCGUUGUGAUCGUGAGAUAAAUGCUUACGGGUCGAGAAUACGGACCGGCGCAUCUGUUGAUCACGCGCCUAAUUGGGUUUAGGCCCACUUAGGCCUUAUUAGGCGUAAUGAUGACGCUUUGAUCCCCGCGCUUAUCUCUCUCUAUAAAUAGCGACCCCCUCUCCACUUCUUUUCAUUUUCCUCCGCAGCGCUAAAGGUACUUUCUCUCUCUACGCUCCUUUCUCUCUCUUUAUCUCUGUUUUUAGAUCUGCGAGUAUCCGAGAUGUCGUCAUCUCAUCGUUUGACGCGAGAACAAAAGGGAAAGGGGGCGGUCUCUUCUCGGGACUCUGACGAUGUCCAUCACGAAGCGAUGAUGGAUACGGGGAAUAUGGAUUUAUCGCAGCGUCUCCUGGUCUCGGAAGCGAGAGAACAGUUCCGGGGUGACGACGACGGUCAAGAAGCGGUCGACGCCUCGAUUGUCCCGAUCAGCUACUACCCUGGGAACAUCUUCGCUGAGGAGAGCCCCCUGGAGGUUUGGAGAAUUCGACCUUCGGUCAUCGAUGGACAAGAUUGGUCCAACGUUGAGAGGACGAAGUCUACCGUGGAGUCGGUGGAAGCUCUCCUCCGAGAUCUCAAUGCACACGGGGUCUCGUUCAUCGUUCCAAAACGGGAUCAGAGGCCUUGGUCGCCUCCGAAGGGAUAUCAAUGCAUUUACGAGUCGUAUUUUCGGAGCGACACGAAGUUGUGGUUCCCAAUUCCCCGAAUUGUCACGGCUUAUGCGUUCCGCAGAGGAGUCGCCUUAAGCCAGUUGAUGAACGGUUCUCUCCGGUUAAUGGUCGUUCUGUCGGUGAUCGCGGCUGAGGCAGGGACAUCGAUGAGUGUGAGGUCGUUUGAGGAGUUGACUUCAGUCUCAAUUUCCGAUGAUGGGCUCGUCUCGACGAGGAUGCGCCCAAAUUAUAACGUGGUCACGGGAUACCCGACCAAAACCUCAGACUGGCAGCGUUCGUAUUUCUAUGUGAAGUCGAACAGAUCAGCGUUCGAGGAGCCUCCGAAGUCUGGUUAUCGCGUUCUCUGGAAUGCAGAGAUGGUUGGUCAUCCGAAUCUCGCCACUUAUCCCGAGGAUUGGAAGGAGAGUGCUCGGAUCGUUGCGUUGCAGAAGCAAGAUCACUGGGAGGACUUUACUCGGGAGAGAAUUCAAAGAUCCAUAGAUCAAAUUGCUAGUCAACGUUGGAUCUCAAACUUGCUUCCCCUCGUCAAUCAAUCGACUUCGAAGAGAUUAUCCCUCUUUACUCGAGCUGAGCAGAAAGAGAUCAACCGAGCCAAGACAAUGAAGCAAUUGCCCGACCUUAGUCUUAUUGUAGCUGAAAAGAUAGGCGCCAAGCGAGGCGCUUCUGGGAGCAGGGUUGGCCCUUCGGGGUUGGAAGCGGUAGAGUCGACCCCAAUUGCUGCUGAGCAAACGCGUACUGGUGGCUCCUCGAAGAGGAGCAAGAAAAAGGCCGAGGAUCCGAAGGAAUCUUCUGAGCCGGGGCAAACUGGGGCAGACGGUUCCUCUAAAAAAGGGGGUAAGAAACGGAAAGCCGGAGAUUUGCCCGCCGAGGACGCUCCUAAGAAGAAAAAGAUGAAGAAGAAAGAAUUGGCUAUGCCCCGCUCAUCCUCGGUCUGCGAAGAGGAACUUCAGGCUCUAGUUCCUGAAGCUAUCCCUGAGGUUGGGACCUCGGAGGAUGAUGAGAAUGAGACCAUCGCCCUCCGCCGACGGAGACGGGAGAGUCGAGUCACCGAGGAGGUAUCCCGUGGAGCCUUGGCCGGUGAUCUGCGUUCUACUGAGGUUCCGAGGGGAAUAUCGACUUCGGGAGGACAGCGGGACCGCUCGAGGAAUGAGUCCCCUGCUCAUGUCACGGAGGGAUCUGAGACCCGAGUAUCCGGUCGCCCUAAGGAAACCCCGGCAGAUGAGUUCAGAUUCGAGUUUAACCGUGAGCUUCCGCUGGCUUGCUACCCGGAAGAUUGUGCUCGCCUGUUACGGUUGGUCAAAGGCGGUCCCGAUCAACUCCCUUCGGUGGGAGAUCUCAUCUUCAAAGAUGAGUAUGAGCAUGCCUCUUGCUCGUCUGUAAAGAGCCACGGCGACUGGAAUGUUCUGGUCGGGAAGUAUGACACAGCCCUCAGGCGGGCUAGAGAGCAGAUCCGUGAGAGCGAAGAAGCCAAGAAGAAAGCGGAGGAGGCUCUUCGGGUGUCCUCGCGGGAAAAGGCUGAAGCCAUUGCUCAGGAGAAAUCUCUCAGGAAAGCGUUUGACGAGACGCGAACAUCUGACGCGGCUGAACUGCAGAUGUGUAAGGAGGCGAUGAACGAUCUCGAGUUCGUGGUGGAUAAGCAGCGAAAGGAAAAGGCUGAUCUAGAGGCAAAAAUGGCUGCGGAAUUGCUAAGGCAUUCCGAGGAGAUGGACAGGCUUCGGAAAUCUCGUAAAUACGAGGUCACGCACGAGAGGGUUCGCGUGCUGAUUGCCAUGAUCGCUAAAGCCGAGAAACGCUUUCACAGGAUUUCCCUUCGUGAAGACAAAAGGGACAAGUAUGACGAUGCUAGAUGUCUCUAUAGCCAAGCCUUUGGAACAAGGAAAUGUCUCGAGCAGAUUAAGGCCUCAGGUGUCGAGAUCCCGCAGGAAACCAUCGAUUUCUUCGCUGGGCAAGAGAGGCAUUAUGAAGAGGAAGCGGAACGCUUGGAAGUAAAGGAAAUUCCAGCAGAAGAUCUUCGCCUCUCCCCAUUAGUGUUGGAGUCUCGGUUCCUGAUCGAAGAGAUUUGGCGUCAGCUCGACCCAUUUGGAUCGAACAUUGGUUUGAUCGAUUCAGAGGCUGCCAUUGCCCUUCGCACUCCCCUCGCCGACCGAGAUCCCCAAUCUGCAGAUCCGACGGAGAAGCCCGCUCAGACGGCCGUAUCUUCCAACCAACCCACCGAUCAAGAUGCUGAUCUCGCGAAGCAGACAUCGGCGGGAGCGGUUGUUCUCAAGGACGGGGCAGUGCCGACCAUUGUGCUGACAGAUUCCCCCGCUAAGGCGUCGAAGAAUGCCAGCUCAUCCGCUUCCUCGUCGGAAGAUCCGGAGAAGGGUGACGAUGAUCCCGCGGGAAUGCCUAUUGCGGACGCGACUGCUCCAGCCCCAGCCAAAUUUGGUCGCAUCUCGGGUCCCGGAGAAAAAGACGGUGAUGGUGGCAAGAAUCUUCCCGCUGGUGACGAAUAGGGGGCUGCUAUCUGGUCGAGGACC